CUCUGGGAUAUUUAUGUACUCAUCUUCUGAUCUCCUCUUCGCACUUGAUUGAUUACGUUGCUUACUAAUUCACAGCUUCUUACUAGUUCUCGUCGUCUUGUCCGAUUGAAUCAAUUGAAGUUUAGAGAGUUUCGCCAACUGGAAAAUGGUAGUCGGAGCCGCAGCCCGUGUAGCCAUCGGCGGUUGCAGAAGGCUUGUCUCGUCACAUGCUUCCCUGCUCGUCUCUUCUCAGUGUCGCCAGAUGAGUAUGGACGCACGAAGCGUUUCCGAAAAGCUCAGGAGUUCCGGUCUUUUACGAACACAAGGUCUAAUAGGAGGAAAGUGGAUUGAUUCGUAUGACAAGACCACAAUCAAGGUUACCAAUCCAGCCACCGGUGAAAUUAUAGCUGAUGUUGCACGUAUGGGAGUCAAAGAGACAAAUGAUGCUAUUGCAUCCUCUUACGAAGCAUUUCCAUCUUGGAGCAGAUUGACUGCUGGAGAGAGGAGUAAAGUUUUACGGAGAUGGUAUGACCUUCUGCUUGCACACAAGGAAGAACUUGGACAACUUAUAACUUUGGAGCAAGGAAAACCACUAAAAGAGGCCAUAGGAGAGGUCGCAUAUGGGGCAAGUUUUAUUGAGUACUAUGCCGAGGAGGCCAAACGUGUUUACGGUGAUAUAAUUCCUCCUAAUAUGUCCGAUCGCCGAUUGUUGGUUCUAAAACAGCCUGUUGGUGUUGUUGGUGCAAUUACCCCUUGGAACUUUCCCUUAGCCAUGAUUACUCGGAAGGUUGGCCCUGCUCUUGCUUCUGGAUGCACAGUGGUUGUUAAACCAUCUGAACUUACGCCACUAACAGCACUUGCUGCGGCUGAACUUGCACUUCAAGCUGGAGUUCCUCCAGGUGCACUUAAUGUGGUCAUGGGAAACGCUCCUGAAAUUGGGGAUGCUUUGCUUUCGAGUCCACAGGUGAGGAAAAUCACUUUCACAGGGUCAACAGCAGUUGGGAAGAAGUUGAUGGCAGCUGCUGCACCUACUGUCAAGAAGGUUUCUCUAGAACUUGGCGGAAAUGCACCUUCCAUAAUCUUUGAUGAUGCAGACCUGGAAGUAGCAGUAAAAGGAACGCUUGCAGCGAAAUUUAGGAAUAGUGGUCAGACAUGUGUUUGUGCGAACAGAGUACUUGUGCAAGAUGGUAUCUAUGAUAAAUUCGCUGAGGCCUUUUCUGAAGCGGUUCAAAAAUUAGAAGUAGGAGAUGGCUUUAAGGAGGGGACAACCCAGGGUCCACUUAUAAACGAUGCAGCCAUUCAAAAGGUAGAGUCAUUCGUACAAGAUGCUGUUUCCAAGGGAGCAAAAAUCAUUAUCGGCGGCAAAAGGCACAGUCUAGGGAUGACUUUCUAUGAGCCUACUGUUAUCCGCGAUGUUAUGAGUAACAUGCUCAUGUCUAAGGAGGAGAUUUUUGGACCCGUAGCUCCCCUUAUUCGGUUCAAAACCGAGGAGGACGCUAUCAGAAUCGCUAAUGACACAAUUGCAGGACUUGCUGCUUAUAUAUUCACAAAUAGUGUCCAACGAUCAUGGCGUGUCUCUGAAGCCCUUGAAUACGGACUUGUAGGGGUGAAUGAAGGACUCAUAUCAACAGAGGUGGCUCCAUUCGGGGGAGUGAAGCAGUCUGGUCUUGGAAGGGAAGGAUCCAAGUAUGGUAUGGACGAAUACCUUGAGAUCAAAUACGUAUGCUUGGGAGAUAUGAACAGACAGUGAUUUGGUUUGUUGAACAGCUUGGAAACCGGAAGUUCCUCCUCUACAUAUAUCCUUCCAAUGAAGCCUCAGCCUUUGAGGUUUUUUCUUCUGAUACUUAUCAAAAAAUAAAGAUUUGGUCUACGACCAAUUAUUUGGCAUGGUUUUUGAAUAAUAUUCUGGGGGUUGAUCUUUAGUUUUAAGUGAAUUUCUGUGUAAUAUUCGGACAAUUUUUGCUUUGUAUAUACUAAAAAGAGAGCGGUCUUGUUCUUUGCUUACAA